AUGAGCAUCCUCUUAUUUUAGUGGCUCAUUAAUGCAAUUUAAAUAUUGAUUUAAUGGGAGAACUAGAAGCUGCACCGAUCACAGUUUAAAAUUAUUGCAAGAAACUUAGAGAUUAAAAUUAGGUACUUAAACCUGCAUUAGAAAGAUUAGAGAAUGAAGAACAAAAUUUUCUUAAAAUCUGGAACUUAACUGUUUCAAUAUUAAAGAAUAUUUCAUCAUAAUAAAAGUUGCAUUGUUGGACCCUUUAUUUAUUGAAUGUCUUCCCAUUAUCUUCUAUAAUCUUUAAGAAUAGUAAGAAGAUUUAGAGAUGUUAAUUUACCAUAAGAAAGAAUAAUAAUAGAUUAAAAGAGAAUAAACUCAUAUUAUAUAAAGCAAAGUUAUUAGAAUAAAUAAGAGACAUUAAACCGAUAAGAUUUGA